GGAAGUACCAGAACUCACCCGCACUAGAAUUGCACGUAAGGUACGCUCAAUAUUUAAGAGAUUGUCUUGUCGUUUCUCUCGAUAUUACUGUUGCAAAUAGCUUCUUAAACCCAAGGAAUCAUUAAAUUAUUGUGCUUUUCAGCCAAUACGCAUCAUGAUAACUCAUGUGGACACCACCCCGGUGUAUGCGACAGUUAAGUGCGUGAACAUUUAAUUCAAAAUCGACCUCAAAAGUAUCAUAUGUUUGGGUAUGCUACAUUCAGAUGGAUUCGCCGGAGCAAAAGAUAACGAAAACUGUGUCCAGAGAGGACGCGAGUAAAGAAAGCAUGGCGAACAGCCGCCAUGUCAUCGGAAUACAUUUCUGUGGGCCCACGCCUCUGGUGUGGCGUGCGGACGAGUUGAAAUCGGCCCGUGAACUGGGCAUCAUAGGGACCCUGGUGGGGUCUCUGGCCCGACAACCUAGGCAGAACACCCGGCUGGGGAGACCCCUCGAGCUGCUGCCGGAGGAGGGACGACUGCUGGCGGACAUGGGGAGAGCUGCAGUUAUUCCUGACUCGACAAAUGAGGAUCCCGAGGUGAAUCCAGAGCAAGUGGAGCAGUACCAUGCAGGACUGGAGAACAGCUUUCAGGAACAGGGUGCCAUGGUCUUGGCGGACAGGAAGACAACAUUACUGAGAGUAAUGACUGAGAAACAUAACGAGGAUUCUGGAAGCCAGGAGGAUUCAGACGGUGCGGUGAGAGACCGUCUCGAAGCUCUGGAGCACGGCUUCUCAUUCCCUCGCACGGCCAUGGCGGUGCAACUGUGCACAGCCCGAGCAGGACUGUCUCACUGUCCCGAGGUGCGCCGUUUCCUGGCCGCAGACUGGCCCACACCACGGGACGAGAGGUCCGAGACCCGGUUCCGAGUGUUCAGGGACCUGAGGCGCCAGGGCUUUUACCUCACCUCGGCCGGGAAGUUUGGGGGAGACUACCUGGUGUACCCAGGUGACCCCCUCCGUUUCCACGCGUAUUUCAUUGUCGUGUGCAUCUCCAUGGACGAGUCGAUGCCCCUCUGUGACGUUCUGGCCAUUGCCAGGCUAGGGUCCAAUGUGAAGAAGACUGUCCUCCUGUGUUCGUCAGGGGAAAGCCAGGAAGAUGACAGGGAGGAGGUGGUGUACACGUCACUACAGUGGAGUGGAAUGGUGUAGGAUCACAGUUGGGAACUAUAGGUGGAAGCAAUAUGGCGACAUCUCUCAUCUAGCCAGAGGCUACACGUCACUACAGUGGAGUGGAAUGUUGUAGGCAGCACCACAGUGGGACACUAUAUAUGGCGAUAUCGUUCACAUGCGGAAGUUGUCAUAAUGCUUAUAUCUUUCAAAUACAUUCAACACAACAGGAGUGCCAAGGGUGUAGAGUCUAGGGUUCAUUUGUAAUUUCAGCCACUGAACAGGUGGGACGGUUACAGACAGCAGGGGUGUAUUCACUAGGAAGCAAACGGGGCGGAAUUUAUCUGAAUUUGUCCAAUAAGAAACUUGUUUUCGUUGCAAAACAUUUAGCUAGUGUCCACUAAUGAAUACACCCCUGGUGCGUUGCUCUCCAGUCCAGUGGGGAGGCUACUAUUAUUGUACAACAAUUAGCAGCGGUACAGUAGGAGUUUGUGAAUAAGAGUGUAUGAUUUUGGUAAAGUAUCUUGGUUUUUAUCAAAGAUGAAAAGUCGAUAAUACUGCCAACGGUCAUGGCUUGGCUUGAGUGGGGGGGGGGGGGUGUUUCCUUGGAAAAAUAUUUACUUUGAAGUGUGUGUGGAUUGUAAUGUGACAAUUGUUGAAAAUAUAUUUGAAGACAAUU